UCUCUCACAUACUUAUUAUCGGUCUGAGAAUCUCCUGGCCAAAGUUGAAGUCGAGGACCCUUUACGUCCUCAAUUGGGUCUUCCAUCUCUACCUUUCUGUUUCUCUGGCCAUGGACACUCUGCUCCAAUCAUCUCCCAUUUUCAUUUCCAAAUGGACCCACAUCAACCCUAGGCAAUUGGUUUUUUCCACUUUUAAGCAACAACACAGGAGUUGUAAUCUUAAGUUGAGGGCGAUUACCAAGAGUUCGCAAGAUGGAUCCUCUCCUGUAAGCAAGGAUGGCGUCUUAUUGGAUACUGAGAAAGAUGAAUCUGGUUCAGUCGUUGGUUUUCGUUUCAUUCCUCAAUCUGCUGAUGACACAGAAAUUAGCAACUCUCACGAUGACAUAUCAACAAACGACAAAGCAGAAGAAGUGAUUGUGGAUGAUGACUUGGGAGAAACAAGACGCGCAGAAGUGACAUACAACAUUGUUUUCGUUACUUCUGAGGCAGCACCAUACUCGAAAACUGGAGGCUUAGGAGAUGUGUGUGGAUCUUUGCCGAUUGCACUUGCAGGACGUGGGCAUCGUGUGAUGGUUGUUUCACCUAGAUAUAUGAAUGGUGGACCUUCAGAUAAGAAGUUUGCUGCUGCUGUUGAUCAAGAUUGUCGAAUUAAGGUUGCUUGCUCUGGUGGGGUGCAGGAUGUUGCGUUCUUUCAUGAGUAUAGGGCCGGUGUUGAUUGGGUGUUUGUAGACCAUCCUUCUUUCCAUCGUCCUGGAAAUCCAUAUGGUGAUGCUUAUGGUGCAUUUGGUGAUAACCAGUUCCGGUUCACCUUACUUUGUCAUGCAGCGUGUGAAGCUCCUCUAGUGCUUCCUUUGGGAGGGUUUACAUAUGGUGAAAAAUGUUUGUUCCUUGCAAAUGAUUGGCAUGCUGGUCUGGUGCCAGUACUAUUGGCAGCAAAGUAUCACCCCUAUGGAGUUUACAAGGAUGCUAGGAGUAUUGCCGUCAUACAUAAUCUUGCACACCAGGGAGUCGAGCCUGCAUCAACUUACAGUAAUUUUGGAUUGCCCCCAGAGUGGUAUGGAGCUUUGGGUUGGGUAUUUCCUACUUGGGCAAGAACACAUGCUCUUGACACUGGUGAAGCUGUCAACAUUCUAAAAGGUGCACUUGUAACUGCUGAUCGGAUACUGACAGUUAGCCAGGGUUAUUCUUGGGAAAUUACAACCCCAGAAGGUGGAUACGGUCUAAACGAGCUUCUGACCAGUAGAAAGACUGUUGUGAAUGGGAUCACAAAUGGCAUUGAUGUAACCGAAUGGAAUCCAUCUUCUGAUGAGCAUCUCCCUUCUCAUUACACUCUGGAUGACCUUUCAGGGAAGAUUGAAUGCAAGAUUGCUCUUCAAAAGGAAUUAGGUCUUCCAAUUCGGCCAGAUUGCCCAUUGAUUGGAUUUAUUGGGAGAUUGGACUACCAGAAGGGUAUUGACAUAAUUCUAUCGGGAACUCCAGACUUGUUGCAAGAUGAUGUUCAAUUUAUAAUGCUUGGAUCUGGAGAAAAACAAUAUGAAGACUGGAUGAGAGCCAUGGAAGCAACAUUCAAAGAUAAAUUUCGUGGAUGGGUUGGAUUCAAUGUUCCUAUAUCUCACCGGAUAACAGCAGGAUGUGAUAUCCUACUAAUGCCCUCAAGAUUCGAGCCAUGUGGUCUAAAUCAGCUGUAUGCAAUGAGAUAUGGAACUAUACCUGUAGUCCAUGAAACUGGAGGACUUGGAGACACUGUGAAGACUUUCAAUCCAUUUGCUGAUGAAGGCAGAGGUGAAGGUACCGGGUGGGCGUUCAAACCUUUGACAAGAGAAUGCAUGUUGGAUGCACUAAGGGUUGCUAUAGAGACUUACAGGAAACACAAGCCUUCUUGGAGAGGGUUGAUGAAGAGAGGAAUGGAAAGGGAUUCUUCGUGGGAUAAUGCUGCAGUCCAGUAUGAGGAAGUUUUCAAAUGGGCUUUCAUCGAUCCUCCUUAUGUCAGCUGAUCAAAAUGAAAUAUGCAAGAGAGAAAAUAGAGAUCUGUUCAUAGCGGCGGUUGGUCAAAUACUAUGUUGCUGAGUUCCAGACUUCUGGUUGCAACCAAUCUUAAUGCUUUUACCAACUACCAAACAAUGCUUAUGUAUGAGCAUCUGGAGCUGGUUGGAACUUGAUAAACAGGCCCUUGAAGGAUCAAUCUGCUGUAGGUGAGUGCAUUCCAGAUAUCUUGAAUGUAUUACAUUAAGAAGAUAGGUUGUAAUAACAUUCUCAUAGAUAAUAUUUUUGAGCAAUAUACAGAUUUUCUUA